AAGAGGGAUCCCAGAGCCUGGGAUGCUCUAACACCCCCCUUGGCGCAAUGGAUUCUCGAUGCCGUCUCCAGCAUGGGGUUCAAGCAAAUGACGCCGGUGCAAGCUGCGACCAUGCCGCAGUUUCUGGGAAACAAGGAUGUGGUGGUCGAGGCCGUCACCGGUAGUGGAAAAACACUUGCUUUCCUCAUACCCAUCGUUCAGAGGCUACUGCGCCUGGAGGAGCCCACCAAGAAGCACCAUGUCGGCGCAAUCGUCAUCUCGCCGACGCGAGAGCUCGCUGCUCAGAUUCACACAGUCCUCCUCUCCCUUCUCGAAUUCCACGCGCCCUCCGCCGAGAUCCUGCCACACCUGAAAGGCGAAGACAAGCGACCCAGCAACACUGUGCCUGCCAUCGUGCCUCAGCUGCUCGUUGGAGGAACCACCACGCCCGCGCAAGACCUCAGCUACUUUGUCCGACACAGCCCCAACCUCUUGAUAUCUUCUCCAGGUCGACUUGUUGAAUUGCUGGGCUCGCGCCACGUUCACAUUGACCAAUCUUUCGAGGUGCUCGUCCUCGACGAAGCCGACCGGCUGCUCGACCUUGGCUUCAAGCAAGACCUCCAAACCAUUCUUUCACACCUUCCCAAACAGCGGCGAACCGGCUUGUUCAGUGCGAGCGUCAGCGAAGCGGUUGGCGAGAUUAUCAGAGUUGGACUGCGCAAUCCGGUCAAGAUUGAGGUCAAGGUGAAGAUGAAGGACGGUGGAGUGGUUGAGGAUAGGAGGAUCCCCGCAAGUCUCCAGAUAUCCUACCUUAUUACGCCGGCUAGCCACAAGCUGCCUGCCCUGGCGCAGCUCUUGGAGCGCCUGCCCGUACGGCCUCAGAAAAGCAUCGUCUUUCUGUCUACCUGCGCUGCCGUCGACUACUUUCAACAUACUCUACCGCAAAUCUUGCCCGAAGGAUUCUCAUUGCUGCCUUUGCAUGGCAAGCACCCCGCCAAAGUGCGCGAGAAGAACUUUAACCGUUUCCUAACCUCAGUCUCUCCUACGGUGCUUUUGACGACAGAUUUGGCAGCCCGUGGCUUGGAUAUUCCGCAGGUCGACUUAGUCGUCCAGAUCGAUGCUCCGUCAGACCCCAAGGUCUUUAUUCACAGGAGUGGGCGAGCUGGUCGCGCCGGUAGAAAGGGACUGGCAGUGGUGAUGCUUCAUCCUGGACACGAGGAAGACUACGCAAAGUUCCUCGAGAUCCGCCAAACCCCCAUCACGCCAUUAACAAAGCCUUCAAUUUCCGUGACGGAAGAAGAGGCUCGCACUGCGACGUCGAAGUUCAGGAAACUGCUUCAGUCGGAUCGCGCGAUCCACGACAAGGCCCAAAAGGCUUUCGUCAGCUGGGUUCGCAGCUACGGAGCGCAUCAGGCCACAUCAAUAUUCAGAGUUGCCGACCUGGACUGGACGGAUCUCGGGCACGCUUGGGGGCUACUUCGUCUGCCUAGGAUGCCUGAGCUGAAGAAUUGGAGUGGAGAUAAGAUGCUGGGAGUCGAGAUGGAUUGGGACACAUUUGCCUACAAGGAUGCGGCACGAGAAAAGGCGAGACUGGAGGCCAUGGCGGCUGACAGAUCGGGAGAGACGGAAAAGAAGGCAGCCGAGGCGAAACGUAAGAGGAAGAACAACGAAGCUUGGAGCGGAAAGCACGAGCAGGAGGAGCACCGCGUUGAGAGGAGAGAGAAGCGGCACAAGAAGAGAGAGGCUGAGUUGACGGCCAAGAUGACAGACGAGGAAAAGGCCAAGCAGGCCGAACUCAAGGAGCUGAUCCGGAAGGUCAGAGAGCAGAACUUGGCCAAGGCCGCGGCAGAG